GGCGUGGCACGGCGGGCGGGUUAGUGCGGGUACCGCAAGGACCUCCGGCUCCGGCAGAGCUUUUCGCCUGAUGGCAUCGGUUGGUUGUUUGGAUCAUUUGGAGCGUCAGUACGGAUGCCAGCGUGAAUCGGUGAAGUGUACGCGCGUUUCGCGCUAGCAUACAGGGUUCGCGUUCGCAAUCAUCCGGUAUGUGGCGUUCUGACUGGUGGAGAGUGUCUUUUGGGACAAGUUUGCUUUUUUUAUUGGUUAAACGAAAAGAGAAGCGUUAGUAUCGUUGUUUGAAGAAACUAGAAAGUUCUUCUUGUGUUGGUCCCGAACUGGACUAGUGUCCUUUGCCUAAGGGUGGUCACAAAUGGUGGUCCUUAGCUGAGAGGAAUAAAUAAUUUACUAAACCAAUUAUGAACGGUGUUGUGGUAGCGCCUCGUGCCACUUGAGUGCUGUCAAGUAUUGAUGAAAACGUUCCAAUAAACCAACCAACCAACAAAGCGCAGUACCAGUAAUGAUCUGGAACCUGUCACCUGUCGGUAGGAAAGUGAAUGGCCGGACGAUCGGACGGAAAUAUUAAUUAUCGAUGAUUUAUUGGCACCCAGCAGGCGGCGACUGGCGUUGAUGUUGUUAUGUGUGCCUGUGUGUGUGUGUGCUGGUGUUGCCGUCAAUAUAGUGUCAACGUUCAUUCGACGUAAGAUUUUUUAUGUGUGUUUGCUCAGCUUCGUCGUACUGAUAAUACAUAGAUGAAGGAGUCGCACUCUACGGUGCGGUACGUGGUGUGUCCUGUGGCGCAUGUGAUUGAUAGUGGAUAGAAGAGAUGCCACGGUUGGUUGGAUAGAGUGUUGGUUUGCUGUUUUCGUGCCCUCGCCAAGAUGAACGCCAACAGCUUCUGGGGCACCAUCGACCAGCUGCUGGGCCGGGAAGCUCAGAAGCAAAGCGGUCAGGAUUCGCUCAAGGUAGCCGGUUGGCUAUCGGCAUACGCUGGAGUACGGAAAACGGCCGGCCAGGGUGACGAUGGUAGCGGUUACGGCAACGAUGUCUGCUACAAUGGACUCUCCGAACGGACCUCGAGCUUGCCAUCGAUUUUCCCAUCGGGCAAUCAGCUGAUCCAGGACGACUUCAACAACGGGGACUCUGCGGGUGGUGGUACGGGCACACGGAACGCGACUGGUGGACGGAAUGGGGGAGGACGGAAGAAAGUGAGAUUUCGCAAGUCGAAGCUCAAGCAGUUGUACGACGUCGACGUGCUGCCCGUGGAGUAUCUGGGGCCAAAGAUCGAGUACAGUGUGAAUCUGCCCCGAGUGACCGCCCAGCUGGAGAAAUUAAUGGGCACGAAUGUGGUCCGGCUGACGGAUCGCAAGUACAUGCAGGAGCUGCAGCGCCGCAUCCAGGAGGACUACAAUGUUACGCUCGAGAAGCGCAUCACCGAGCGGGAGGCGAAGGAAAUUGAACGGGAGCGUAAUCUGAUCCUAUCCGGUGCCGGCGACAAUAUCCCGGAGGAGAUGACCAGCUCGGUGUUCCUCGUGAACCAGAAAACAAACGUUAACAUUUUGAAUAAGCGUGAGAAGCUAAAGACGAUUCGCGAGAAGAAUGCAGAGCGCCUGAUCAAGCAGGGCCACCGGUGGGAGCGGGAACGGUUGCAGAUGGAGGAUCAGAGCCGCGAUCGGGAGAUCGAGCGCCGAACGAAGCGGGAAGCAUUACUCGAGCAGGAGAAGCUAUACAUGAUCGAGGAAAACGAUCGGUCUCUGAAUCUGUUACGCGUGAAAACGAAGAAGGGCCCGUGCCGCGAUAUGAAUCUACGCACAAUGUUGAUGCAGCAGCGCGAAGAGCUUGGCCGGACCAUCCAGAAGCGGGACUUUGAUAUGCACGAUGAGCGCGGCUCUGGCACGGACGUCGAGGCUGGCGGAAAAUCGGAGAAGCACCGUCGGCAUCGGCGUAACCGGAAGCAACAUCAAAUGCAGCGGCAGCACGAGGUGCAUGAGUAUCAGGAAUCCUCCUCGCCAGAGGAAGGCUACAUCUCGAUGAAUAAUGCCGACUCACCGGAGGACCUCGAGACGUCACUGGCCAUCAAGGUGGGCAAGGGUAGCAAGGAUUCGGGCGAUGAGUCGGACGGUGAGCAGGACUCGGACAAUGGUCCCGUACCGGGUCCGGCCGAAGGUGCUGGCGAUGAGCAAUCGGAAGCCAGCCCGAGCAAACAGUCAGAAGCGAACGUCGCCAAGGAGGCACUGUUGGAGCUGGAGCAGCAGCAGCAGCAGCAGGAAGUGUCUGAGGCGGAAGCGGAGGCGGCCGAGGAAGCACGUUUACGCGAAGAGCUAGACAGGACGCUGCUGGAGAAAAAGAAAGCUCGCCAAGUGCGCAACGAGGAUCCAAAGAUAACGAAGCUAAAGGAAGCGGACACCGUCGCCGAUAUCUAUAAUGUUGCUGACGAGAUUAUUGUCCUGGAGAAGAAGAAAACCAAAAAGGGUUUUGGCAAGUAAGCUUCUGAGGUCGUAAAAGGUCAACCCACCGAGCCAGUCGUGUGCCAUCUGAUGUGCACCCGUGGAGAAGACGAUGGUAACUGGAGCGAUUUGAAGCGAAGCGUGCAAAGGAAGGAUUCAAAUACCACGAAUCCUGUCUGUGAUCUGGUUGACCAGUUGAUUCCUUUUGAGUUGAAAAUUGUUAGUCUAGCGAACGAUGUUACUGUAGUGGUUUUGUGUUUUUUUUGUGAGUGUGUGAAUGAUUGUUCUGGUGUACGUCUGCGUUGGCAACAUUGUGAUAACGAACGAAUUGU